UCGGUUGUCGUGUGCUGGAUUCAAGAUGCCUGUACCAAACUGAAAUUUCCAAAGUACUUAGUAAUAAGAUGGAAACUCCUCCUCCUAUCUCCAAUUCCAUGGCAGAAAAUUCAAUCCAGUAGCUCAGCUAGUAACCUGCUGCUACUACUCCCUCUCAUAUUCUUUCUUUUUCAUCAACUAAUUCAUCUGCUCCAAAGAAGAUAACAGUGAUGUCGGCCAAAGAAAGCUUGGGCUUAGAGUACUGGCUUCAAUGGCAAGUUGCCGUGUGUGCUCUAAUCUUCAUCAUCCCUACUACUGUAGCUUUGAGGCUCAUCAAUAGGCAGCGAAAGGACACAGAGUAUCCUACCAAGUCCACUGAUCUGUGGGUCCCAUGUUGGCGAAAUCUCCAUCCUCUUUGGCUUCUUUUCUUCAGAGCUUUCGCCUUUGUUGCCAUGUCCUUCUUGCUUUUUCAGACUGUGUCCAGCUUUGGCUUCUUCGACUUCUUCUUCUACACACAGUGGACGUUUGCUUUGGUUGGGGUCUAUUUUGCUCUGGGAACCAUUAUAUCGGCGCGGGGAUGCUGGUUAUAUACAAGAAAUCCCCUCUCCCGGCGCGGGGAGAUAGAGAAAUUUCUUAAAACAGCUGCUCAAGAGAAUAGUAGCAAUGGGGCAUCCUCUGACCAACGACUUGGAUUUUGGGAAAACUGUAUGCAAAUUAUUUAUCAGACUAGUGCAGGUGCUGUUAUGCUGACAGAUAUUGUCUUUUGGUGUCUUUUGCUCCCAUUUAUGACUGGCGAAAAUUUUAAGCUCACCCUGCUAAUUGGAUGCAUGCACUCUGUAAAUGCUAUUUUUCUUCUUCUUGAUUCAGUCCUGAACAAUCUUCAAUUUACUUGGUUUGGUCUCACAUAUUUUGUGCUGUGGAGCUGUUGUUAUAUUGUUUUCCAGUGGACUCUACACGCGUGCUGCUUAAAUUGGUGGCCGUAUCCUUUCUUGGAACUUAACACUCCAUGGGCACCUUUGUGGUAUCUUGGAUUGGCUGUGGUCCACAUCCCCUGUUACGGAAUAUAUGCUCUGCUUAUCAAAGCAAAAGGCCGACUGUUCUCGAGAAUGUUUCCACAGGCAUUUCUUAGGAGUGAUAUAGGAUAACACGGAGUUCAGACUUCACGGCAUGAUCACUAUAGCAUUGGCAUACUGCCCCUCAAAAUCCGCCUUUUGCUAAUCUAGCAUCUAUCUUAUGGCGUGCAGUGGCAGGAUGAAAAAGUACUCUAAUUCGAGGUUGUUGUUGUAUGCAUAUACACGAAACCAUAUAUAAUUUCUUUUCUCAGUGACACGAUUGUACUAAACAAACUUCAAUAUAAUACCAAUGGUGCCUACUCUUACCAACCA